ACCUACUUCCUAUUUUAUCUAUAUCAAUCACUUAACUUAAAGGUACCUACAUCCUAUCUCUGCUUAUACCUUGUCUCUGCCUACCAAUUAACCCGUCACUAUAAAUGGUAUCUCCUUGAAGUUUGCAUGAAAAUAUUAACUUUUUUCUGUGACCAGAACAAAACUGUGACAAAACAAAAAUUUCUGCCAAUAUAUUCCGGCAUCGUACAACAACAGAACAACAAAGCGUUUCUGUGAAACAACAAAGAAAUAUUUUGCCAGUAUUGUGUCGUGUGGUCAACUCGGCAAGAACGGUAAAAAGUUAAUUUCGCAUUUGUGCUGCAAUGUAGUACAUCCAAUUCUCCCUUCGUUCAUUUUUUGUUUGGCUUUCUGUCUAGUUAUUUCUUUUUUACGAUAGGCUUACUGAAAUUUUUUAUUGUUUACCUUGCAGCUGUCUUGGCAGGAAUAUUACAACCACCUUUCUACAAACACGACAGACUGAAGUAAUACACUUUUUUGUUUUCAUUUACUUUUAUUGGAACUUUUAUUGUAACUUUUAACUUUGGCUUUUUUGCAUCCCAGGGCGUUAAAUUAUGGAUCUCUUGGUAUGGUCGUAGGUCAUGAAAUCACACAUGGCUUUGACAAGACAGGUGGGUGAUAAAUACAGAGGGUGAAUGAUGGACAUAUGAUAGGCAUGUUUUGUGCGUGGAUUCUUCAGAGAGCGAUGUAGCUCAAGAAAUAGUAAUUCGAGUAUUUCAUAAUCAUGUUGUGAUCACUGAGCUCCAUAUAUAUCUGGAGCAAGAACUUCAGUCAUUUGGCCUAUGAGAAAAAUGAUGCCAAGUUGGUGGCCAUUGACGUAUAUUAGCUCGUAAAGAGCUUUUGUACCAUUUUCGCCAGCUAAUUCCAGUUUUAUUCUAACGGACAGUCAGGGCCGUAGCGAAGGGGGUAUUGGGGUGUGGUUAACCCCCCCCCCCCAACUUUUUUAGAAUUAACAUAUUCGGAAAAUCAGGUUGGUCAUUCGGAAAAUUACGGCAGUAAUAGUAUAACAAAAUUUUAAUUGUAAAUUUCGACGUGCUAAAACUAUGUUUUCUGACCAUCAGAAUUCUGUCAAAACUUCCCCCAAAUUCCACGAAAUGGCAUUUCAGAGACUCUAAUUUUUAAAAUUUCCUCGGGCCUUCGACCCUCGCCACCCCCUAUAAAAAAGAACUUCCUACGGACUGCAGGCUUCUGUAUGGAACUGCACGCUUCUGUAAUGUCUGUGCGUAAAAUAUGAGUAUUUUUGUUUGUAAAUUGCGUUUUCAUUUUCCGGAUAGCAAACACCUUCGUGGCUUCGUAUGCCAUGAAAUAUUCGGAAUUUUUUUUCGUCAUUCGGAAAUUUUUGGCCUACACCCUCCCAACUAUGCAUGCUUAGCUACGCCCUGCGGACAGUAUCGCUAACCAAGUUAUCAUCGAUGUCAAAAUACGAAAUAUCGGCACACUCCUUGCCAAGAUGGCAGUAAUUGAAGAAGCUAUUAGACGUCAGUUCCAAUCCCUUUCUAUUGUUAUUGUCUGCGUGGUUAACACGAAGUAAGGGAAAGGUUGAAUUUGUACAGCGUAGGGACUGGUGAGUGAAGAACAUUGCUUUGACAAGCUUAAGUUAAACAAUCUCUUCAAGUCGUUUUAUGCAAACGUCAUGCAGAAAGAAAAACGGAUCAUUAAUUAUACACCAAAAAUAAUCUUACUAGUUUCGCUUUGGGGUUGCCAGAUACAUUUUAUCCAAGAAAAACGUAGACAUUAUGUCGGACAAUGACUUUUGUUCCUCGAACGAAACUUUUUUGUUGUUACGACUGAGCUGUGACAGCAUUCUACCCAGUCUCGGAAUACCUUGUAAAUAUUGAGACUUUGACACAUUUCCGUACAAUAAACACUUAUUUACUGAGAUCUUGGGAAAGCAGUGUGUUUUGUGCCCCCCUCGACCUCCCCCAAACAUUGUGUUUCCCUCAGUCUCAGUGAAAAAGUGAUAAAGGGAAACUAGGGAAAAAUAUUUUGAUAAGAAGUUUCGUAACUCUGAAGUUUCAUUGGGUGUAAAGCUCAUUGUUCAUAAACCACUUUGACCUUCCCGUUAAUAUUACGAACAGGAAGUGAGUUCGACGAGAAGGGAAAUCUUCGCCAAUGGUGGACCAGGAAAUCGCACGCAAAUUUCGUGAAACGGUCGACAUGUUUGAUUGAAGAGUACGACAAAGUUAAAAUAUUUGGUUAUAAGGUUUGUAAAAACGUCUUUUCCCGUGAAUUUAGAAAAUUGAUUAUAUCUAAAACAGGACUGGCCAUAUUUUGUGUUAAGACUAAAACUGGAGCAACAGUCUAAUUACCCCCGCCACCCACAGAUAUAAGAUAUCUAUGCCCCCACCCCAUGUUGGCCUUUCAGUAAAAUAUGGUCCCUUUUUCGGGUAAAAUAUAAGCAAAAAAGGACGAAUAACUUAGUUAGGAAGAGAGUGCAUGUUCUAAUAUGACCAAACGUUUGGCUAGCGGAUGAAAUGUGUAAUAUAACUUGCCAUCGCAUAAGCAAAACAAAGUUGUGUUAAUUAAUGUAUAUUUUUACAACUUUCUGUUAAAAUAUUUAACAUAAUAAUACGCAUUGCUUUUACCAGGUUAAUGGCAGUAAGACAUUAUCAGAAAACAUCGCUGAUAAUGGAGGUUUGAAGUAUGCUUUUAGGGUAAGUGGAAUUGAAGAAUACAGGAUUCCAGCGGUUUUAUAUCGAAGGUUGGAUAGGGGCACUGCUUAUAUGUAACACUUAAGUUAAAAAUAAAUAUAUCGCUUGGCUUGUGGGAAAAAGCACGUAUAUAUUAGCACAGAUGAAGUUCAGGAGCCGGUUGUUCGAAGCCCGAUUAGCAGUAACCCUGGGAUGAAUUUUAACGUCCUGUUUUUGUUUAUGUAUUUCUGCAUGACCAUUCAUUUCAAAACUUCAGAAAACAAUACUUCUAUUCAACUACAAAAGAUUUCUGGAAAACAUAUUCAAGUUGAUUGAUGAACUAUUGGAAAAUUUAAUUUUUAGGUUUGUGUUAAUCCAGUAUUAGGCUAAUAGACUUUUGAAUUAACAACUGGCCUGGGCUUAUAGAUCACAAGCUUUUGUAAUAAUAGUUAAUAAUAAUAAUAGAUAUACCAUAUUUAUACAGGUUAAUUAAACUUCGUCUGCUAAAAAUCGCUACUAUCACUCAAGGACCUGUAUACACUCAUACCUCCGAGCACACUCAUACCUCCGUCAACGAGUUAUGUAUAUCAUGCAUAAAUUACACAGACAGACAGACAGACAGACAGACAGACAGACAGACAGACAGACAGACAGACAGACAGACAGACAGACAGACAGACAGACAGACAGACAGACAGACAGACAGAAUCGCCUGGUGGUAAAUAUACGCGGUGUUUUCCGCAUAUUGUUUUACCGCCAAGCAAAAUUUCAAGAAACACUUACUAUACAAUUAUUGACUAUAUUCCUAAAAACUUUGUUAUUUACGAAAUCAUCUUUUUGAGAGAUUUUGGACAAAUCGCAUUUCAUACCCUAGACUUAUAUAUUAUGCAAAGAAAAAUAUUUAUUACGCCAAGUUAAUAAUUUAUUACUUACCAAACUUUUGAUAUCUCUUACGCAUUUUUUUUAGGCAUAUCAAAAUUGGCGUAAAAUAAAUGGCGACGAAGAUAAGUUACCAGGUCUUUCUUUCAAUAAUGAUCAACUGUUCUUCGUUGGUUUCGCUCAGGUACCUAUUCUCUGUAAUACUCCUACCAUACCAAUAAUAAGCCAAUUCAGAAUUUCCACUCUGCGCAUCCAAAUAAUACGUUUUGCGUUGGGGGAUAAAUUGCAGUUAAAUCAUAACAUGAAACUGAGAGUGUCAGUCAAAGUAUUCAGCUGUUCAAUUUUUAUUUGUGUUUCACUUAAAGCCACAGUAUAGAACUGUGCAUUGAAUAAUUUUUGUGCUAGCAGUAUUUUGCCCUCUGUAGAAAGCAAAAUAUAAAAAAGGUACAGUUAAGACUUAAGGAUUCACGUUUUCUAAUUUAAAGUGAAUAAACCGUGCCAAAAUGAAUUGUUCUUUGAGCAACUUUUUGCAUAUUACAAUGAUGACUGACCCGUUGAAUACUUUGAUAUGCAUGUAUAUUCUAAUUCUUCUAGUACGUCUCAGCUACGUAUUAUAAUAGUUCAACUGCAAUUUAUCCCGAUCGCGGCAGAACACAUUAUUUCAAUGCGCAGUGGAACCUCAGAAUAGGCUUAUUUACAGCUUUCAAUAUUUUAAUAUCCUUUCUCUGCAUCUUUAAUUCGAAUUAACAAAGCCCGAUUUUGGCAACUUACAGUUUUAUUUUAUUCUACACUUUUUCAAAUUAUCGGCUGAAAAUGGAUAAUAGAAUUUCUUAAAUUGUAUUUGUUGCGGCAUAGGGAGGACUGAAUAUGCAGCAAGCAGUUUUUUGUUUAUUUUGUAUUUUGGGCAGCAAAAAAUGAAACACGUUUGUAUUGCAACACAUAUUGAAGGAGUUUAACCCUCUUUACGAGAUGCGUCAUAUAAAUAGAGACUUAACAUGCAGGCGAAGUUAGCUUCACUUCCGGUCUUCAGAUUGGUGUGUGUUUUAAGGCAGCGGUCUAUACUUUUAUAUCCAUGUCUCUUUCGCAUGCUCGUUCCCAUCGUGCAUUACAUUCAAUCUAUAUCGAUGUGACUGGUUAUGGGGAAUUACAGAGGACAUUUAAGAUUUUGUCUUAAAUCAACAAUUUUUCAUUUGUGUAGUUAUGGUGUUCAAAAUAUACAAAAGAAUUUGCAAAGACUCUGAUGGAUAAGGACGUGCAUUCUCUGAAUCCCGUCAGGUGAGCGAUCAACCCUGAAAUUGUUUUGUACCACCUCCUUGAGACGUUUUGCUUGUCCCCUCUGGAAAGUGUUAAAUGACAGAUCAAAGUGAAAAUUUGACCGCAAAUGUCUAUGUGUUGCUUUGGGUCUACACUUUAUAAGAAAGCGUUUCUGUAGAAUUGAAACAGUGAUAACUAUUCAUCUCUGUGUCAAGUACCCUUUUAAUUCAAUGUUUCGAAAGAAACUUUGUACCAACUACCUCCUCCGCAGGCCAUACAGCCCGUUCGCAGGUUUGAGUUUGAAAUUUGAGACGAAGGCUUGCGUAGCUGUAAGGCCUGCUGAAUAACAUGUCGAUUACUUGGCUUUUGGUGUCGAUUACUCGGUUGGGUCAAAUUUCUUCAAAAAUAUGGCACAUCGUCUGCCAAUCUUUAGCAAUCCCGUUUUGCGAGUAUUUUCUAAAUACAUAUUGGCUGUUAUGGCUGAUAAAAGCGACGGGGAGAUUAACAAAAAUGGAGGGUUUUACAAGCACAAGCGGCAGUGAUAAUAGACGUUGUGAAUCUAUCAUUUGGCCAAAUUGGAUGUUUUGACUAUAUACACACGCAUUUAAAUAGUUACACUAUAUAAAAGACAAAUAUAAAUGGAAUAAAUUUCGUGGAUAAACGGCCGCAGCGUGUUUGUAUUAAAUAUGCAAAUUAUAAACUGAUAUUUAUCUGCUUCUCUUUAUAAAUCAUUGUAUAUGCUUGUUUGUUCACUGUUCACUGUUCACUGUUUUUAUGUAUAUUGCUGAUACGAAAAGCGAUCUAUAUCAGAAGUAGUUAAAGACUUUAAUAAUAAUAUUGUUUUGGUAAAAUGAUAUAUUAAAUAUAAUUUGGUUUCUGGCUUCCCGCCAUUUUGGAAAAUUAGUCCGCAGGCCUUUCGGUUCGUUUCGUACCAAUUUUAUUUUUUUGAAAGGCCUGCGGAGGAGGUAGUUGUACCAAUAUAAAUAUAAUAAAGGGCAAAAUUUGACAAGUCGUACAGUCAAAUGUACCUCGAGGUCCUGAUAUCUUCAGGAUCAAAUAUCUUCAGGACCCCGAGAUCCCCACGUUUUCCAAGUCUCUGCAUGCGUAAUAUACUAGUUCUGACCUUCCUUGUUUUGGCGGCAAAUAUUACAAGUCAGGCAGAUAGAGGACCAAAAUGAUCGAAAACUUACGUUAUCAUGGGACAAUUCCAUUUUGCCUUCAUAUUGUGCCCUGAAGGCUAAUGAGUACGUUUUUGUAUGUUGGCCGCGUUAAAAUUUCCUGUGUGCUCCUGCCGACACGUUUUUCUUCGAAUUUUGUAUUCAUUUCUAUUACAGGUAAAAAAUGUGAAAUUUCUGAUACAUUUCUAAUACAAAUGACUUACAUCAAUAGAAAGCUAACAAAAAACUACAUAUGAAACAUUUAAAUGGUUAGCCGGAAUUUUCAAGCGGUUUUCGAGUUAUUGCCGUUUCAAAUGUGAAAAAUGAGCCAAUAUCUCGCAAAAUUCCUGGGAACUAGUCUGAAAACACGCAUUCAACAGCUCAUAACUCAAGAAGAACUUGAAAAACCGGGUAACCGUUUAAAUGUCUUAUAUGUAGUUUUUUGCAAGCUUUCAAAUUAUAGAAGUCAUUUGUGUUGGAAGUGUAUUUGAAAUUUCACAUUUUUAAACUGUAAUAGAGUUUAAUACAACAUUCGAAGAAAAAUGUGUCGGCAGGAGCCCACAAGAAAUUUUAAAGCGGCCAACAUACAGAAACGUACUAACUAGCCUUCAGGGCAUAAUAUGAAGGCAAAAUGGAAUUGUCCCAUGAAACCAUUGACCUCAAAACUACGAGCAUACGCUAUGCACACGUGAAGCCAGUUGCUGCCAUAUUGGUGUGACCACCGCAAAUCUACAGUGGUGGUGCUGACAUGUUAGAAGAGGUUCUUGAAGUUUCUGGUGAUUUGUAGAAUAAAAAAUAUUGCCUAGAGAAAAAACGGGUAUUAAUGGCCUCCCUUCCUUCUGAAAUUAGUCAGUGAAUCAUUAUGAAUUAGGUCACACCAGUAUGGCCACUUGAAGUCUAUUAUUUUCUGUUUGAAACAUUCUAAAACUCAUCAGAAGAGGUCUGGGAAGCUAUAGCUUUCAAAUAUGCAUAAGGUCUAUUCCCUCAAUUGAACAGGUUGUUCUAUCCAGCCCUAGUUUUGAGAUCAGUAUCCAUAACUGCCAUAAGUGUCUAUACAGUUGAAGUUGACGGUUCAGUUUUCAAUUUCAAUUGACAAUGAUGUGCAUGUGAUAACGUAUAAAACUAUAUAUUUAUAGCACAUGAUAAUCUCGUAACGUAUAUUAAUUUUGCUUUAAAUUUCAGGGUACGAGUUCCAGUGUCCAACUUUCCUGAAUUUAAUAAGGCAUUUGGAUGCACGCCUCGGAAAAACACUUGCUCGGUUUGGUAGUUCGGUUUUAGCUCUAUAGCCCUAGUUAGUAGAAAAUACAUACAUUCAUGGUGAGGUAGGCUGGUGAUCUUCAAAGAUUUUCACUCUUUGAAAAUCGCCAACCAAGACCUUUAGUUUGCUAAGAGUUUUUUGCUAAUUAAGAAACUUAAGGAGUGGUACGAAUUCAGUGUCUUAAGGUGCGUUUUACACUUAAAAUUUUGGUCAUUUCCACGACGAAAGAAACUUUUCAAGAUGGUGACUAUUUUUUAACAUCGUUAGAAUACGAAAGAACAAGAGCAAGGUACUUAAAACAAUCCCAAAUCUAGCUUACCCUAAAACUAACCCCAUAUCUUACCCAUGCAGCACGAAACUUGAAAACCUCCCUCACGUCCAUCCCUUUUAGCGAUUACCGUGCAACAUUUUACUGCGAGUUCUAGUGCGAUUUUCUUCUGAUACAUGUGAACGAGUUUACACCAGUGAACUCUAAAAAUAACUGGAAGGCUAACUCCUAUGAUGAAAGUCUAUGAUUCGUUGAAGCCGGCGCGCGGGAAAAUCAGCUUUCAAAAAGACUAAGGAGAGUUUCGAGGAGUGAAAAAAAUUCUGCCAAAAGUUUGUUUUCGAGCAAAAAUUUGCAAGAAAAACACUUUUUCCAUGGGAAUACAACAAUGAUUGGGAUUUAAACCAGGUUUUCCGAUUAGUUCCAACUGUUUUACAUCUCUCUGCAGCAAAAAGUAAGGAGUUUUGCUUUUGUAUUUUGAAAAAAUGACGAAAGUUUGGACGUGCCGAAGGAAACCUCGCCGUUCAACUCAAAAAUAUAUACUAUAAAACAUUUUGACAGUCCCAAAAUUUAUGUUGUACUAAACCCUAGGUAUUGGUAUUGAUCCUGAGCUUUUAGUCCUUGUUUUAGUCGCUUUUAAACAUAAAUAAAUUGGCGUUUUUCAAGUGAUGUUAUUUUCGUCAUCGGCAUCUUGUUGGCCACUAUGAGCAUUUUGAAUAUGGCAUAUUUUUGUCAAUUUUCAAAUGCUUUUUUUUCGACCUUAAAACGUUCAAUCUUCUUGAAACUUCGUAUACAGAUGUAUUUUGCAUGGGUUUAAAUAAUUCCUGAGGUAUGACGUCUUAGUUUUAUCUUAAACUUCCAAAAACUCAGAAAAAGCAGCCUAAAACGCGCGGUUUUUCUGACCGUUCAAGCUUAUGGCCGUGUUUUUUCGCAUUUUUUUGCUAAUUCGUGAUUUGUUUGCUUUGCGAAUAUUAAAUUCAUUUAUAAUACUACUGAUAUAAAUUAAAUUUGGUAGUAUAACUAAUAUUUUGGGGCAAGAUUUUUCUGAUCGAAAAAUGUGCAUAUUUUGAAAAAAAAAUUUAAAAAGGACUGGGUCUACCUACAAAAAAAGCUUCAAGCACGGCUUCAACUUCCCCCCCCCCUGACUUAGCCUUCCAGUUAUUAUUAGAGUUCACUGGUUUACACAUGAAUGUCAAUGGAAUAUACUGAGCAUAGGUACUGUUAUGUAAGCAUUCAUUUCUGAUCCACUCGUUCACAUCCAUCGGAAGAAGAUAUUCGCAACAAAAAUUGCAAGUGUAUAACUGGGCCUUUAGACAGCUGAGUCUAAGGUUUUAUAUGUGAUAAAAUUCACGCUAAUUUACAAACUUUAAUUUUGAUUUUCUCGGCCUGGACAACGUUGAUUUCUAAUAUUACUUCGCCAAUGAACUCAUAAGAUUUUCGUUUUUGUACUAUUUAAAACAUGAGCAUGCAGCUAUGUUUUAUCAGAUAUAAAGAUACGAGGCGAAGCCGAGUAUCUUUAGGUCUGAUAAGCCACGCACUGCGAAUGUUUUGAAUUACUUCAAAGACGAUCGAUCUAGUAAGUUCAUUGGCGAAGUUAUUUUCAAAAAAUACGUUGUGUAAGUCGAGAAAAUCAAAGUUAAAGUUUAUGUAAAUCAAGGGAAAUCUCUAUCACAUAUAAAGAUACGCCGACACGCUUAUGAGUUUUGAAAAGACAUUUAAAACACUCGUAGUCCGUGCUUUAUGAGAUAUAAAGUACUCGGCUGUCAAUCUCAUAUUUUAUAUCUGAUAAAGCACUCCUGCUCGUGUUUAAAUAGUCCUUAUACUUACGGUUAAGCGAUUGAUGACAUAACUGACGUUGCCCAAUUAAACGAAAUUUGGCAUCGCUUUAUAUUCGCAGCGUGAAUUUGUUAGUUUGUUAGUCGGUUAGUUUAGUUUAUAUAAAAAAUUAUAGUAUAGCAUUUGUAAAUUCUGAACGCUGAUUGGCUAAGAGCCGUGUUGAUAUAACUCCAUGUCAACACGGGAAAUUUUCCGCCGCUUGUUAACACGGAAAUUUUUCUUAUUCUUCGGGCUUUUGACAUUGCUAUAUUAUAAAACAAAUAUAGAACAAUUGCUUUUCUGAAACUUUCACCUCUGUUCAUAUUAAAUAAUUUUGUGUUUUUAAUUUAAAUCAAGGAUCACACAAGAGGUUUUUGAUAAUACUUUUUGAUAAUAAGAGGUUUUUGAUAAUAAAAGUAUUAUCAAAAACCUCUUGUGUGAUCCUUGAUUUAAAUUAAAAACACAAAAUUAUUUAAAUAUAGAACAUUUUUUCCGUAUUGAUAUAUAGUUAUAUCAACACUCGUGGAAGUUGGGAAAACUCGAAAUUCUGUGAAAACACUCCGCCCUUCGGGCGUCGUGUUUCCACACAAUUUCUCGUUUUCCCAAUUUCCACUCGUGUUGAUAUAACUGUAUAUCAACACGGAAAAUGUUUUAUAUUUGUUAAGUAUAAAACAAUUUGCAAAUUCUGAAUAGAAGUUCCUUCUUGGAAUCAAUAUUUGAGUAAAACCACAAAAUAAUGGUAAAACAGAGGGCUUUUCAAAAAUAGUAUGUCUUCGUGCUUGUGGUGCACUUGUUUUGCGCAUGCUCCAGAGCACCGCACUGUAGUACAAUGUCUGGUCUUGACGAUAUAAUCGAGCGAUUGAUGAUAUUACGGCGAAAGUCACCGAACUGUGGAGUCGCAUCCAAAAUUCGUAUAUCGGCGACUCACACAGACGUCUACGACCGCACGUACAUAUUUUUGCUUGUUUACAAUUCUAAUUUUAAACAGCCAAUCGACGUUUAAUUGUAAUUAUUACCAAUUACCAAGAACCAAUCUGGCUGUUCAAAAUUGGAAUUGUAAACAUGCAAAAAUAUGUACGUGUGGUCGUAGUCGUUUGCGGGAGUGGCCGAUAUACGAAGUUUUUAUGCGCGCGAUUCCCCAGUUCGGUGACUUUUGUAAUAUAAUCUUAAUGGUAUAAAGUUUUUGAUACACAAAUAGCUUAAAUAUAAUGUGUUUUUCUGUCGUGAUUCAUAAAUAAUAAUAAUUGUUUUUGUAAUUGACAUUGAGUGUUUCUGUAAUUCAUUAAAUGUUUUUGG